AUGGCCCCGAAGCACCCGGCCGCCGCCGCCGCCAGCCCGGGGUCGGCGUCCGACGCCUCCGACGGCGAGGCGGGCGCGGCCCGCAACAGCCACCGCCGCUCAGCUUCCCCUUCCCCCUCCCGCUCCCGAUCCCGCUCCAAGUCCCCUCGCCCCAACCUCGGCCCUAGCGCCGCCGCAUCCGACUCCGACGCCGAUGCCCGCGCCCCGUCCCCGAGGCGCACCAACCGCGAGCGUUCCCCCCGCGACCACCUCGACUCCGAUGCGGAAGCUGACGCCGACGCCGGCGCCGGCACCGGCCGCCGCGCCCCUUCCCCGAGGCGUCGCGGCAAACGUUCCCCAAGCUUCCACUCCGACUCGGACGCUGACGCCGCCGGCCGCUCUCCGUCCCCGAGGCGCAGCCGCGAGCGCACCCCUCGCCUCCACUCCGACUCCGACUCCGACAACUCCGCCGCGGCCGCCGCCUCCGAUGACGACGGCGCCGGCGACGCCUCGCCUUUGCCUAGCGUGCGCCGCUCCUUCCGCAUCGAGACCUCCAACGUCAAGCCCGUCAGCACGCGCCCGAUGGAUGUGCCCCUCCGCUCCGCCGCGGGGUCCUCCCAGCGUCGCCCCAAGCACCGCCCCAGCCCCCAUUCCCCGGAGCACCAGAAGCGGCCGCCCCGGGUUUGGAGUCCUGAAGACGAGGUCACCAUACUGAGUGCCCUCAUUGAGUUUCGUGCCAAAAAGGGCCGGCUCCCUGCGUCCAUUCAGGACACGGGCAAGGUACACAGCCAGAUUAUUCAUCAACUCACUGCUAAUGCUUCUACGGCCCAGCUUAGUGAUAAGGUCAGGCGCCUCAAGCAUAAGUACAAGUUGCUGCUCACCCGUGCAAAGAAUGGACAUUAUGGACGGGAUCCCAACUUGCCAACGCAACAUGAUCGCGAUGUCUAUCAACUUAGCAAGAAAGUUUGGGGAUUGAAGAGUCUAGUACUAGUACGAGGAUCUCGUGUGCCACACGAGGAUACUGAGGAUGCAGAAGAGAGCAAUGAAGAACAGGAGAUAGAGGAGAGUGAUGAGGAUAUGGGAAACGGAUGGGAACUCCGUGAUCGCACGACCAAGAAGCCAAAGGCAUUGACAUAUGAAAACGGCAAUGGUAAUGCAAUUGUCACUGCGGGUAGGGCUAGCCAUGGUGAUGGCAGUGGGAGAGAUGAUGCCGAGAAGGGAAAACAAAUGUACCCAUACCUGUGGGAGGCUGUUGAGGAGCUGUCGAAGGAGCAUCCGAGUGGGCCAAUAUUCAGGAAGGCAUUUGGUGUACUUGAAAAAUCAAAGGCAAGAGCGGUGGAGGAGAAGCUCAGGAAGUUCAGAAUGUCAGAGAUCAGGCAGCAGCUGCAGCGGAUGGACCUGAUGAAGGAGACAGUGGGGAUGGUGCUUGAUGCUCUGGAGGGUGCAUAUUGA